AUGUAAGACAUGCUGUAAUACUUAAUAACAUUUAUUUUAAAAAAUAAUAAAAUAUUAUUACUAUAUUUAUAAAAUAAGAAAUUUAUAGGCCAUUAAGAUGUCAGCAUUGUGUCUAUUGUGAUAAUUGUGUUGAGAAUUUCGAUCAUCAUUGUCCUUGGUUAGGCACUUGUAUUGGAAAAAGAAAUUAUUAAUAUUUUAUAGUUUUUAUAACUUUAUUAAAUUUUUUAUCUAUUAAAAUGGUUGUUGAUUCAGUUUUAUUUUAUUUAAAUUAAUGGAAAAACUAGGAAAUUAAAAAUUAUGAAAACGCAUUGA